CGCCGCGCGUCGCUCCUCGCGCCAGCGAUCGCAGGGGCAGGGACGCGCUGACCGCGACCUAGCAGUGGAAGAGGGAACCAGGUCGGGCGAGCAGUGAUCCGGAGCUGUCGCGUGAGGAAGCACAGCCAUUGAGGGAGCAGCGGGAUCCAGCGAUGUUCAAGGCGGGCUGCUGGAAGAAGCUGGUGUUCUGCGUAGGAGUUUUACUGCUGCUCGCUGGCGGCAUCUGCCACCUGUACAUCGACGAGAUCUUCCAGCACACUGUUGUCAAGAUGCUGCAGCUGACUCCGAACGCUGCUCAUUAUGAGGUGUGGAGGAAGACACCUGUACCUCUGCAGAUGAGGAUCUACAUGUUUAACUGGACCAAUGCAGAGAAAUUCGGAGUGGCAGGAGUUAAACCAAACUUUUUGCAGCUAGGACCUUACACUUUCACGGAACAUCAUGAGAAGGUAAACAUCACGUGGAAUCCCAACAACACUGUGAGCUACCGGCAGAUCAGGCGAUGGCAGUUUGACCCCAGCAACUCGAAUGGUUCGCUCAGUGAUCAGGUCACCACGGUGGACCUUCUGGUUGCGACUGCGUCGUACCUGGCCCGCGACUGGGGCUACAUCCUCCAGACGAGCUUAUCCCUCAUACUGGACACGUCUGGCAAGAGACCGCACAUGACCCACACGGUGGGAGAGAUGCUGUUCGAAGGAUACGAGGAGCCUCUCAUUGCCGUCGGCUCCAAGCUGGCUUUCAUUUCCAAGCUGAACAUCCCGUUCGACAAGUUCGGCUGGUUCUACCAGCGCAACGGAUCGGCCUCGUUCGAAGGAACCUACAGCAUCGCCACGGGGGUGGAUGAUGCAGACAACAUAGGCAGGCUGGUAGAGUGGAACCACGCCAACCACACACCGUUCUACCCGGGCCAAUGCGGCAUGGUGAACGGCUCUGCUGGCGAGAUGUGGCCGCCCUUCAGGCAGAAGACCCACACCAUCGCCGCGUUUGUGCCAGACUUCUGCAGGUCGCUCAGCUUGGACUACGCACGGGAGCAGACGGUGCAUGGCUUGCGCGGCUAUCGCUACUCUGCUGGCGCCAGGAACUUUGAUGAUGGGACGUUGUAUCCGGACAACAAGUGCUUCUGCGGGGGGAAGUGUGUCCCCUCGGGAGUGCUGAAUGUGUCCGCCUGCCGCUUUGGUGGGCCUGCGUUCCUCUCCUACCCUCACUUCUACAAGGCUGACCCGUACUACCUGCAGCAGGUGGACGGCAUGGAGCCAGAUCCGGACAGCCACGAAUACUAUGUCACGUUGGAGCCGACAACUGGAAUUCCUCUGGAUGUAGCUGUCCGUCUACAGAUAAAUAUCAAAGUGGAUAGCCACAAAUAUGUGAGGAUGUUCAGGAACGCCUCGACGGGGUACUUGCCGGUGAUGUGGCUGGAAGGCAGAGGUGGCAUGAGCGCAGAGAUGGCGCCUCAAGUGUCGUCGCUGGUCGGCCUGCCCCACACGCUGCACUUGGCGUUCCUCAGCGUGCUGGUGCUAGGGGCUCUCAUCAUCGGCCUGCUGUGCCUGCUGUCCGUGCUGGGGGCGUGCGGCCUGCCUCCCUCGGACCCCGCACCCACGAACACACUGAAAAGAAAACUGCAAUCACUGGACGGCAGCGGGAAGCCUCCCAUACACGACCUGGUAGCGAACAGAGAUCCAGUAAAGUUGCAAAGAUAUCAAGUGACGGAGCAUGUGCCGCUUGUGGAAGAAUCCAUCAGCUGAUGGUUUCAGACAUAUGAGCCAAGGAAACAGAUUGGAAUCACAAGACUGAUAAGCCAUGCACAAUGUGAACAUGCAAGAACUAUGUAACAACUGGGGUUACACGUGAGAGGACAUAAUAAUUUCUGCUCUUCAUGUAUAAGUAAUUUUUUUUUCUGUUGCAUUAGAGAUCCAAAUGUUUUUGCCUUAAUAAGGUGCUUGAAAUCUUUCAAGAUGCCUGUAGUUACUCAUUCAGUAUCGAAAACUACAUAUGUUAAAACCUUAUUUAUUGAAAAAGACAAAUUGUAAGCAAACAUACUAUGAACACAAAAUUGUCAAGGUUCUUAAGAUGUGCCAAAAAAACAACAGUGAUAAUAUGCAUUGUACAAUAAUUUACAUGUGAGUGGUGUAAAGAAAUAUAUUUUGUAUGUUUUUUUUUACAUAAUAUAAUCAACCAACCAGUAUAAUUGUAAUCAUACUAACAAAAAUGGCAAAAUUGCUUAGAUAACCUGGAUGUGAAAAGAGCUUUAUUAUAUUAUAUAGACCCAC